UACACAUUAUUACGAUACAGUAACCGGCUUAUAAGCUCGCCAGAUUUUUUUACAAAACAGUAGGUAUUAAUUGGGUCGCGGCUCUUACUCCUAUCAGAAUUUACUCUGUAAACAUUACAGAAUUGAAAUUAGAAAAGACUUCAUGCAGCUGUAACUCAAAGGUGUCACAGUGUCAUGGCUACGUCCGAUACUGAGUCUAAAAUGGAGGAGGACGAGGAAAAAGCAGAGGAAGAGACCGAACCUACGGAAGAAGAACUUGCCGAAGAGGAACGAUUAUUCAAAUUCUUGGAGUACAACUUCCCGAUCUUGUGUGAUCGCCUCGAGCCCGAGACGAUCGAUCCCAAACUUGAGGCCACGCCAAAGGAACUUCAGGCAUUGUCCAAAAACUUUUGCCUGCAGAGCCUCGUCGUGCCAAAGAUCGAAGAGCACCUGCGUAAGUCGGUCGCACCCAAGUUCUGGUCGCACUUCAUCGACGAGGCCGACGAGCAGCGGGGCUUUCAGGCCUUCACGAGCUCCGUCAAUGAUCUUUACCAUGACUCAAGUCUGCUCUUGCCAACGAUUAAGCAUCUCAUAGCAGCCGGAUCUUGUACCCGAGAGAUCUGUCCGUUCAGCCAAGGAGACCUUGUGGAGCACUUCAAGCUCUUGAUCCGAAGCACCCUUCUCAGCCAGAUCCCGCUUUACCACACGCGCAUAAUCGAGCAUUUUUACAAAACCGCAUUCAACGUCUUUUGCAGCAUCGAGAGCAGCAACGGUAACAGUGGUAUAACAGGUGAAUCCAAAAACAGCAACAAAGCCAAGUCGACGCCGCGUCAGCUCCGACAGCCAGAGAAAAAGGACGAUGAGCUGGAGCUGGUGUGCGAAGGAUGUAGCCAAGAAUCGAGACGUUGCCAGUGCCAGGCAAUCGUUGACAUAUUCCACGAGACCAACAAAAUGCUCAUCGAACUGGAUCUACUUGAGCGGCUGGUUGGCAACGUGCUGACUUCGCUUAUCCACAUUCGCAUCGAGAGUCACGUUCGCCGCGUGUGCGAGCGUAGCUUCGAUACGAGCCAGCUCGAGCCGCUCGAACACUGGCUGGAGACCGUCGUUGUCAAUUGGCUGACGCGCAUCUACUCGGGUGGCUCGUCGCGGUCCGUGGCACUCGAGCCCCGGUUGCGCCGUGCAGUCAACUCCUUCAAGCAAAAGCUCAACUACUUCCUCUACGAGACUUACACCCGGGCGCGCAUCGAGCAGCUCUUCAACAUAGUCAUCGAGUACCCGGAUUCACGGGCCGCCGUCGACGACCUACGCGCCUGUCUCGAGCGCACCGCUUUGCGCCAAUGGCUCGUGAGCUCGCUCAGGGCUGCAUUCAAGACGCGCCUACUCCACCCGGGUGUCAGCACCCCCGAUAUUCUCACCGCCUACAUCAGUGCCAUCAAAGCUCUGCGUCAGCUCGAUCCGAGCGGCCUCCUUCUCGAGACAGUCGCCGAGCCUAUCAAGCAGUACUUGCGCAGUCGCGAGGAUACCGUACGCUGCGUCGUCAGUGGACUAUUGGACGAGCCAAGCGCCAGUGACCUGGCCGACGAGUUGGCCCAGGGUGGCGAAGCUCUUCAGCUCGACGUGUCCGACUCGUUUCAAGAGUCCACCGAAGAUUGGGAGAACUGGCAGCCCGAUCCGAUAGACACCGGGCCCAACCUGUACCAUCAUCUGCGGAAACGCCGGGUCGCCGAUAUUCUCUCGAUGCUAAUCGGCAUCUACGGCAGUCAAGAUCUCUUCGUCAGCGAGUAUCGUACCCUACUAGCCGACCGUUUGCUCUCCCAGCUGAAUUACCAGACGGACCGCGAGCUGCGCCACCUUGAGCUUCUUAAGCGCCGCUUCGGCGAGCAACAGCUCCACCACUGCGAGGUCAUGAUCAAGGACAUUUACGAUUCCAAACGCAUCGACGGCAACAUCCAGCUGGAGCGCAACUACGACGCGAGCCAAGCGAGCUUCAGUACUUCCGCGCUGAUACUGUCAGCCCAGUUCUGGCCACCCUUCAAGGAGGAUUGGAAGCUCGAUCUGCCGGACUUUGUGCAGGCCCAGCUUGACCGGUACGUGCGCGCCUACGAGGCUCUCAAGGGCAACCGUACGCUGUGCUGGAAGGCCCACUUGGGCAGCGUGAACCUCGACAUCGAGACGCGCGAUCGCAGCCUCAACCUCAAUGUCUCGCCUAUCCACGCGACCAUAAUCCUGCACUUCCAGGAGCAGCCCCAGUGGAGCCUCGAACAGCUCGCCGACUUGAUGCACGUGCCUGCGACCGUGUUGCGCCGCAAGAUAGGCUUCUGGGUCUCCCAGGCGCUCCUCGUCGAGACCCAACGCGACACCUUUGUGCUUCAGGAGGAGCUGAGUCCCGGACAGCAUCUGCCUGGUCGGCAGCUCGCGCAAAAGGCCUCGGACGAGGAAGCCGAGAGCGUGAUGGCCUCGGCGAGCGAUCAGCGCGAAGAGGAGCUCCAAGUUUUUUGGUCCUACAUCGUGGGCAUGCUCACGAAUCUCGACUCGAUGCCCCUCGAGCGCAUCCACCAGAUGCUCAAGAUGUUUGCCUCGCAAGGUAGUGGUGCUGUCGAGUGCGGCUUGCCCGAGCUUCGACACUUUCUGGACAAAAAGGUGCGAGAACACCAGUUGCUGUUUUCUGGCGGCCUUUACAAGCUGCCGAGGCCGUGAUGAGCUGGUAUACAGGGACUGACGGUGAUGUCUUUGACCCGUCAUUGGACUGUUGUACAUAUGUGUAUAUUUUUGUAGACAAUUGAUAGACUGUUCAGAUCAUAUGGUUUAGAAAGUUGUGCAAAAAAAAAACUUUAAUAAGGCUGGAUAAAUGGUUAAAUGGAAAGCUGUGUUUGUAAUAUUUCCAAACAUGAGGCAUAA